CUGCUAUUAUUGAUUUCUUCUAAAUUUAUUUUCUUUACACAAAGGCUGAUAACUUGUUUUCUUUCCCAGAAAAUUUAGGCAAUUUUCUUUUUGGGUUAUCCUUCUUUUUCUCUUUCCUUUGAGAUUUUAAAACCUUCCUCAUGGGCUGCCACUAUUAAUAUCUUCAAAAUUUGUAAUUUUUCUUUGCAAAGGUUGAAACUUUAGCGAUAGCCACACACUGCGUAGCUACUCAAUAUAUAUCUGGGGACUUUGCUCCAUUUUAGUGAAUAUGUGGUGAAUAUGUGGGUCAUUUUUUCAAAAAAAUAAAGUAAAAAAAUUGAUUCUCCGGUGAAGUUACCGAUUGAUUGGCUCUAAUGAUGAAGUAAGAAGAUGGUGAGAGGAAAAAUUGUGAUGAAAAGGAUCGCGAAUGCAGAAAACAGACUAGUGAUCUUCUCCAAGCGUCGUCUGUUCCCUGUGAUGUUGAUGUUGUAGUUAUCAUCCUCUCACAAAAAGGAAGACUUUAUGAGUUCUCAAGCUCCGUCGAGGAAAACGCUAUUGAACCAAUACUCUAUACAAAAGAAAUUCCAACUUGCAUGCCUGAAAUGGAACAACACAUGCAGGAAGCUGUUGGGUCAAAGAAUGGGCUCAUGUUCUUUUGAGGAACUUCAAGGGAUUGGUAGCCAGCUAGAACAAAACUUGAAAAACAUCAGGGCAACAAAGGUUUGCAACCGUUAGAUUUGCCCUUAGGCUAAAAGUAGUUACAUUAAUGAGUCAAUACAUGAUUACAAGACUUCUGCUUUCGAAGUAAAAUUAGCAUUUGAGUUACAAUCAAAAGAGCUUUUGGGGCAUAUUUAUAGAGUAUUUGCGCCGUCGUUGGACCCUUAUAGACAUACAACAGCCACAUUUCCUCAGACUCGCCUCCUCCUUAGGUUAUUCCCAUAGAUAGAGCUGCAGCCCGCAUUACUUUACCAAUUUAAGUGGUCCAGGAUCUCCUCCAUGAUGUGGGAUUGGAGUCUCUAAUAUACCCUGUACUAGAUUCUUCAUUGUGCCAUCUACCUACAUGUAAGGGAUUUUGACUUGACGUUCCUCAUAUCAUUAAUCCAAGUUUCUCCAGGUGCUGCGUUGGUUUUGCUCGGAAGCCUUUGAGCUUCCAAGGUUUUGAUGCUUGAGCCGUCGGGCUUCUCGACCGCUCAAGCAUGCUGGAGCCGCCCUGUGCUCCCUCCUCCGAUGACCCUUCCGGAUCUAGCCACCGCCAGCCUAGAUCUCUACCGCGGCGUCCUGGAGAUUUUGCGCCAUCCUCUCCGGAGUAGAUUGAAAGGUGUCCCAUGACUGGAUCGGUCGACCACAGGUUGCUCGAGUGACUUCACCUCCCUUCCUUCUAUGCAUCGGGUCUACUCUGCUUUGCUUCUCCAGUUUGUUCUUUUCUUUGUCUAUUACUCUUAUCCUUUUGGAUAAGGUUUUGCCAGGUUUUUUUUUUUUUGAUCCUCUUCCAUAAAUUGCUCAUCAUGUGGAUCUGUACUUCCUCAGUACCAUUAGGGAAUCUUACUAUUUGCUUUUAUUUUUUCUUCCUAUUUGGCUUUGAGUUCAUUUAUUUUGAUGAAUAUCAAGAAUGACUCUCAUAAGAUGCUUUGCUGCUGGAACAAAUCCAUUUGGGUGCAUUUUGCCAUUCUCAAUCAUGUGUAUUAGGGUUUGCAAAAGCUUUGUUGCUAGGAACUAGAAACUGUAAUUCUAGUUUUUAGCCUGCCACAAUUUCUUUUUUAUUAGAUGAAUCAAAAUUCUAUCGAUUGAUUAUUUCUUUUUACCAUAUAAUGUUGAUCAUUUAACAGAUUUUGCGAGUUUGGUUUUUUGAUCCUCUUCCAUAAAUUGCUCAUUAUGUGGAUCUGUACUUCCUCAGUACCAUUAGGAAAUCUUACUAUUUGCUUUGAUUUUUUCUUCCUAUUUGUCUUUGAGUUCAUUUCUUUUGAUGAAAUAUAAAGAAUGACUCUCAUAAGGGUAAUAAAUCCUGCCAUGAGUCUAGCAAAGGGAUGUUUGUCAUGUGGCUAAGUUCCUGCCAAACGCCCUUUGAGUAUUGAUCCUCACUUAAAAAAUAAAUGUUGACUUGUUUCUGGGUCACACUUACAUAAAACACAGGUGUCAUCAACACUUUAUGUCCACUGUUUCUAGCAAGCCUUGGUUGUGAGUCUGUUAAGGGUAGCUAGCCAACUUAUGAAACUGUGCUUACGAACUGCAUCAGAGAACCAAAUUAGCUUAUGCCAAGGUUGCUUUUCCUGUUUUUCUCUAAUCCAAUGCCAAGUUGCUCCUGUCUUGAAGAUACCAGAUGUAAAUGGUAUCCAAACCUACAGAAUCAUUCUCUCCCUCUUUAGGAUAUAAUUUGUCAAGU